GGGUGAGGAUACGAGUAGUGACCAGAGAAGAGAGGAGGGGGGGGGGGCUCUCUGCCGCUUUAUUCAUUAACCAUUUUUAAGAAAAACAGAGGAGUGGUGAAACAUUUCAGGAAAAUUCUAGGCCAGCAGUGAAAGGAAGAAAAAAAAGGAGGGGGUAUUAAAAACAAAAACAAGCUUUGAAAGGGAAAGGCUGCAACCACUCAGGCAUUAGUGGGCAAACCCAAAGUGAAAGAGGACGAUGGCGUGAAAUGAUUGAUGAAGCAAUCUUGUGGAAAGUACCAAAGGAAACCGAGAGGACGAACACGCGGAGGAGAUGUGAGCAAGAGGGCUGAACAUCAACCACCGAGAGAGGCAGAAGCGGUGCUCUGUCAGAGACCUCAACAAAACCCACAGAGGAGGAAACUUUGCCUUUCACGGGCUGACACAGAGACCCAUCUGAGGAGCGAUUACUGACGGCAAGAGAAAUGGAGACGUGUCCAUUCAUGGAAAAAUAAAAAGGAUGUCACUGCAAGUUGUCGUGUUGCUAUCGCUGUUUAUUGUCCAAUGUGGUGGAUGUGACUUUGACCGGAAAAGCGUGGAAAACCUAAAGGUGACGAUCGACUCUAACCCGACUGGAUUUAGGAGAGUAUUUCCUAAAGAUUACUAUGUAGUGCAUCGUUACGCCAAAAGCAUGCUCUGUGAAACUGACCCGUGUUGCGUCUUCUCUGCAGCAGUGGUCCUCCUGGACUCCUGGGAUGUGCUCCAAAAAAACCUCUGGGAUGAGCACGUAAAUCACAGCCUGAUCCUCGAACUCCAGCACACACUGAAUAAAAUUAUUGAAAAGAUCGAAAAUAUAGAGAGAUUCCUGGAGGAGAUGGAUCUCACACAGUUCCCCACGAGAUCUUCCUCUCCGGAGGAACUCCUGAAGCUAACUUCAGAACUUUUUGAGCGAUGGAUUCAGGUCGGAUGCUUACCUUCCAUUGGAACUUGCCCACCACCCACGUUGCCCCCACCUGUUCAAAAGAAGGACUACAGCCUGUCCAGAGCCAGACUCUUAACCACUCGAGCCAUCAACAGCAAACAGGAAGGACGUCCUGACAAGAUGAUGGACAUUAAAGCUCUAUCGUCCAGCGGACGCUCUCUAACAGUUUCUUAUUUGGCUUUCAUUUGGAGCCCUUUGCUAUUUGGACUCUACUGGUAGUUGCUGAUAUAGCAACUUUUUUAUUGAUGCACAUAUAAUGCAAAAACAUUUCUUGGCACUGAAUUCUUUAAAAAAAUUAGUUGUAAUGCAGUAAGCUUUCUUAAUGAAGUCAUAUGCACAGGUUGCAUUUAAUGCCCAAAGUUACUUCAAGCUCCUAUGGUCACUGUUCAAUAGUAUUCUGUUAUAUAUACAAAAAAACGUACGCUCUUGAACAAGAUCCACUUACCGGUAGUUGUGCUUUUCAAGCUAACAAGACAUAAAAGCUGAUCUAGCAAUGCACAUAAGUCAUCGUUUGUGUAUUGUUCCCCACUGUUUACAAUGAAUGUUGUGAAAAAAAUAAUGUAGUUCAUGCGAGUUUAUUUCUGUACAUUAAAUGCAUUUAGAUAUACGUAUUGUUAGUGUUUGUCAGGUGUAUCCAGAGGUUUUGUUAUAUUUAUUACAGUAUUUGUUGUCUGGCAUCAGAGAUGGAAGAGUACAUUAACUCUAGUCAUUGAGUUUAUUAACUAAGAGCAGUGUUGUACCUUAUCUCCACACUUAUAAACUGAACCAAUAUACACAUUUAUGUAUUGAUAAUGUUAAUCACUGAAGCAACAAGAGGCAUUGUUUCCAUGUUUGGGGGAUAGUUCAGAUGUUUUUGAAGUGGGUUUCUGUAAGAUCUCUUUGAAUGGCCUCAGUUUUCAAUGUUUAAUUUUACCUGGAUGGAAAAGCUAACAGACGCAAGCGGAUUGUUGCCAUCUUUAAAAAACUCCCGUCUCAAAGAUUUCGUAGUGGUUCAUGCAGACACU